UCCGGCCCAUUGCGAGGGUGACAGGAAACCCUGUGCAGGGAGCGCCGCCAUCUUGGACCAGCCCGAGGAAGAUCCUGAGGGAACCGCAGGAGCUUUCGCCGCCGUCACCGCUCCUGCCGCCGCUGGCGCCGUCUGCACCUCCGGGCUAGUCCGCCUCCCUGCCGGGGCCUCGGCCGACCGCCCCCCUUCCCUCUCCCGGCGCAUCCGCACUCGUCUUCCUCGUCCUGAAGCCCCCCUCCCUCCCGGAAAGCUGCCCAGCCACCAGCAACCCCCCAGUGCCACCAUGGCAACUGCACCAUACAACUACUCUUACAUCUUUAAAUAUAUUAUUAUUGGGGAUAUGGGAGUAGGAAAAUCUUGCUUGCUUCAUCAGUUUACAGAAAAAAAAUUUAUGGCUGAUUGUCCUCACACAAUUGGUGUUGAAUUUGGUACAAGAAUAAUUGAAGUUAGUGGCCAAAAAAUCAAACUGCAGAUUUGGGAUACAGCAGGACAGGAGCGAUUUAGAGCUGUUACACGAAGCUACUACAGAGGAGCUGCGGGUGCACUUAUGGUGUAUGAUAUUACUAGAAGAAGUACAUAUAACCACUUAAGCAGCUGGUUGACAGAUGCAAGGAAUCUCACCAAUCCAAAUACUGUAAUAAUUCUCAUAGGAAAUAAAGCAGAUUUGGAGGCACAGAGAGAUGUUACAUAUGAAGAAGCCAAACAGUUUGCUGAAGAAAACGGCUUACUGUUCCUCGAGGCAAGUGCAAAAACGGGAGAGAAUGUAGAAGAUGCUUUCCUUGAGGCUGCCAAGAAAAUCUAUCAGAACAUUCAGGAUGGGAGCCUGGAUCUGAAUGCUGCCGAGUCUGGUGUACAACAUAAACCCUCAGCCCCGCAAGGAGGACGGCUAACCAGUGAACCCCAACCCCAGAGAGAAGGCUGUGGCUGCUAGUGACCUCUUUGCCAUGGCCCCUCAUUUGACCUUUCACCUCUGUCUGUUGGAAGCAGUACUUUUUACUGCCUGUUGUCUUCUGUACAUCUUACUGGGUUUAAUUAAAAAAGAAAAAACAACUCUAUUGUAAAAAACAGUUUAACACAAUACUAAACUGCUAAACAACUAGAUGUAAUCAAGUUAUCAAAGGCAAGUAGAGUAAUAAAUCUCUCCUGCAUGGUAAAUCUAGACUUUUUUUUCCCCCUCAAUCGUCCUCGUGAUAGGUAUAUGUCACCAAUCUAUGAUUUAAACUGAGCACUGAUGCUGGACUUGAUGAUUUUUACCCUCCCUUUUUGGCAAGGCUUUGUCUCACUGUAUGGUUUAAUUUGUUAUCUUCAGCCUUUCUCCUGUCUUUAACUUAACUGUUCAAGUGUGGCUGUUGUAACCAGUAGUUCAUUGCUAAGAAACGACUUCCGGUGGUAGAGAAGGGGUUCUAUAACUGCUUUGGUUUUGUUUUUGUUGGAUCAAAUCCCUACUGUAGGGGCAGCAUUUUUCUCAGUUUGCUUCUGUCUUGGCCUUGCACAGGAAAAAUACUUAUCUUUUCUCUUGUGCUUAAUAGCUUUAUCUUUUUUUUCCACGCCAUUUUGUCCUUCUCUCUUUAACAGAAAGUAAAUAUGUAUAAAAUUUGAAGGAACCGAACUAACUACAUUCUGUGUAUAUUAUUUUAAUGAAGAAAAUAAAUUGAUUACUGGCAUUGGAACAGUAUAAAAUACCAGUUUGUACAGUAUGACCUAUAUGUGACCAUGUACUCCCUUCCAUUUCACACAAGACGUUCACAAGUAGUACUGGCUCCGCUCCUUGGUGCUGGCAGUGUUUGGGGACAUGCUGGAGAAAGCUCCUAGCAUCAGCGGAUUAACACUAGCAGAUUCUAUUCCAUCUUUGCACUGUGGCUCACCUGCUGAUUUUAAUUGUUCUUGUGCAAUCAACAAUGUGCUAACCUGCUUUUCUCUUUUUGUAAACGUUUUACAUUACAGGCUGCAUUCUUGCCUUACUGUAUAGAAAAAGAAAAAAGGCUGGGUUUAUUAUUGCACAUUUUAAGCUUUUAUACCUUUAUCUUCUUGGAAUGGUCAGAUUCUGAACCAGAUGGUCAGAACCACAGGUCUGCUGUUAUGGGAUUUUUAAUUGUGCAUUUUUAACACUACAAUGAAAUAAUUGGAGAUUAUCCCUUGUGUUUAUAGUAUGGGGCUAUUUAACGUAAUGUUGGAGUUAGUUGUUUUGUAAAAGGGAAAAGUGUUUCUAAAGGUGGUUCAGUGUUUGUGCUGUUAGAAAGUAAGUACAAGUAACCACCUUUGCCAAGUGAUUUGGCUGCUGAAGGAACACCUUGUAAGAGAAACAAUCUUACUAUUUUAGACAGCAAACUUAAGUUCUACUAAGUUCUUCACUUCUGUUAAGUAAUUUCUAGUUUUUAUGGUUUGGUGGCUGGGAAUUGACAAGUUAUUUGAAGUGUAGGAUAGGUAAGCGUGAAAUGAUUAUAUAAAAUGCACUUGACUGAACUGCUGUUUAAAAUACACAUUUUAAAUCCCUCUUUACAGACAGUAAAACGCGAAGUUACAUCUUUCUGGGUUAUAAACAGUGGUAGUUCCAGAGUAUUGUAUAGUCCAUGUUAAAUAAAAGCCCAAACUGGAAUGUGCAGAAAAUAGGAUUGGGUUUAUUUGUGGAUUCAUCUUUUUUUUUUUUUUUUGUCUCCGUUGAACUUUUCAAAAAAACAAGAUUCCUGGAGUAGAUUGAUUGGUUUAUUCUGUUCAGGACCUGCAGUGAUCCAUUUUGCUUACGCUGUUGCAUCACAAGGGAUUCACCCUGGGACCAUGACCUGCUGGUGUGUAUAUAUUUACAAAAACAAAGCAAACAAACCACGGAUUGGGAUAUACAAACUAAAGACUGAGGCUUGUUUAGGUGCAAUACCGAUUCCCAAAGUUAGUUACAAUGGGUCUUAAUUGUUUUUUGUGACAGAAGGAUUUAUUCAGACUGCUGUAUUCUUCAUUUGAUGUAACAAAAUGCUAUUAAUCUAAAUAUUUGUAAAUAAAGUACCUGUAUCUAGAUUAAAA